UUUUGAAUGUUAUGUAAAUAUUGUAAUAAAAUUGAAAGUAAAUGUUAAUAAACAUUAAUUUAACGUGAGGGCGUACGACCGUCUAUUUAUUUGCACCACUGUCAUUUAGAACAUUAAUAACUACAACAGUUUUGGUCGGUUGUUGAAACGAACUGCGAUGUACGAAUUACUGAGAAUAUUGUUUGUAAUCGUCACCUUCUUCCUUACCGUUGAAUGUAAAGAACUUUCAUGCAAUCCUGCUGACGCUAUUCCGAAGUAUGUCGGUCGAGACAUGACGUGUGACGAUUGCAAGUGUAAGAAACAUGGCAAAGUUCUCAUUUGUCUGAUAGGCAGCUGCAUAAGACCCGACGGGUCACAAGUAGAAGAUGAAUGGGGUGAGGCUAAGUUUCCGGUGGUAAAACGGUGCAAUUUUGGUAUGCACGUAUUUGACAAGUGCAAUAUCUGCCUUUGCGACCAGAAACAGAAACCAUCCUAUUGUACUAAGAUGGGUUGCACUAAAAUUUCAUUAAACGAACUGAUGCAGAAGUAUCCGAAGUAUCCUCUAAUAAAAAGAAGGUUGAAAGCUCUUCCACUGUAGAGCAUAAUGGAAUAGACAAUGUGUCUUUCGUUAUAAAUAAAGUCUUUAAAACAAUUUCUUUUAUUACUUAAAAGCGACGAUCAAUAUCAUCAUCUAAUAAAUUUAUUAUGGACAACUUUGUGAUUGACAUUGCAAGUUUCUUGCAGAUUCUUGAAUUUUGAGUUUUUUUUUACAUUGACAACAGCAACAAUUUUUCCCUCAUUAA